GUGUAACUGAGGGAACAGUUAAUGGUUGACUUUAGCAAAGAUAUCCAAUAAAUGUUAGAUUUGAAAACCAUUUCUCUAAUCAAAUAAGUCAUACCAUAAGAUAUCAAAAAGUGAUAGCAAAUCAACUAAAAAGAAAAAAUGCAGAGAAGUUUACGUAUGAAUGAUCUGCAACUGUUGGCCCUCUCAGAGAAAGCACAUCACGAUAAUGGUCUUCGAGGAUAUCUAUUCAAAAGGACAUCAGAUAACAGCAAAUGGCAAUUAAGAUGGUUUGUACUCUUCCAGAACAUACUCUUCUAUUAUGAAAACGAUUCCUCGACCCGACCUUCCGGACUAAUAUUCUUGGAGGGAUCGUAUUGCGAUAAAGUCAUACAACCGUCCACUGGGAAAAACUCACAACAAACACAAGUACAGAACUUCUUUACCAUAACCUAUCGUAAAGAGGGGUCCAAAACCUAUGAGCUCAAGGCUGAAACUGAAAGUGAAUGCAAUGCAUGGGUUCACGCCAUUGAUAACGCAAGUUUCAGCAAAACUUUGCUUCAAAAAGAAGAGUUGGAACAAAAGCACUUGCAUUUGGUUCAGAUCGUCGAAAGCGAAAAGACUGCUAAAUGGCAAUACACUCAACAAUGUGAAGAACUUACCAUUGAAAUCAAAAAACUUAGGGCUGAGUUAUUGACUUUAAAGCGCGAGUGGAGACUAACACCAAACAGAAGUUUGAGUUUGGAUGAGGACAGCGAAGAGAUCCGCAAAAUAAAGAAAGUCCAGAGUUUUUUCAGGGGAUGGCUUUGCAGACGCAGAUGGAAACAGAUUGUCAUUGAAUAUAUCAAUUCUCCACACGCAGAGAACAUGAGAAAACGGAACAGUUUGGUAUUUCGUAUGGUUGAAGCUGAGGAGGAAUAUUUGGAACAAUUGCAUCUAAUGGUAUCGUGUUAUUUGAGACCAUUUAAGAUGUCAGCUUCAAGUCAGAAGCCUCCGUGCAGUCACGAUGAGGUCAACUCAAUAUUUUUGAACAGUGAGACCGUUAUGUUUUUGCAUCAGAUAUUUCUUAAAGGUUUGACGGCUCGUAUGGAGUGCUGGCCAACUCUAGUAUUAGGAGACCUGUUUGAUAUGUUGCUGCCUAUGCUAUCCAUAUAUCAAGAGUAUGUCCGCAAUCAUCACUUCAGUCUACAGGUAUUGGCUGAAUGCAAACAGAGAGAAAAAUUUGCAGCAAUGUUGAGGAGACUCGAAGACAAGGGUGUACUACAAGGCCGAACUUUGGAAACAUUUCUAACAUAUCCCAUGCAUCAGGUCCCCCGUUAUAUAAUAACAUUACAUGAAUUACUGGCUCAUACACCACAUAAUCACGUGGAGAGAAAAAGUCUGGAAAACGCUCGGAUCAAACUCGAAGAACUCUCACGGCAAAUGCACGACGAAGUGAGCGAAACGGAAAAUAUAAGAAAUAAUUUGGCGAUUGAGAGGAUAAUUGUCGGCGGAUGUGAUAUAAUACUGGAUGUCAAUAAUGUAUUCAUAAGGAAAGGCAGUGUUAUUCAGGUAUUGGGAUCCGAUAAACGUAAGUUUCAGGCGUCAAGAAUUGGUUCAUUUCGAGGCGACAAAGAGAUUGUCCGUCAAUGCUAUCUCUUUACAAAUCACAUGCUUUUAUGCACCCGUACUUCGGGAGGAAAAUUAACUUUACUUGAGGGAUUUGGCAAAAUCCCAUUAUCUGAGGCCACACUCAUAGAGGAUCCCAACGAUCAGUUUCAGUUUACUGUAGACGAUGGAGAGGGAUCUCUUAGUUCAGCGUCGAGUCAUUCGAGUGAGACGGGUAUCCAACCGGCAUCUGUCGGAUUAAGCACUGGAGGCAAAGAUUAUGGAGGACUUGAUUUUAAGAUAAUUAUCGAUUCCAAGACAGGACAGCCAACAACAUUGCAUUUGGUGGCCCCGACAAUGCAAGAGAAGGCCGCCUGGACUUCAGAUAUCAGUCAGUGUAUAGAUAACGUGCAUUUCAACGAUCUAUUUCACGGAACAAUGAAUGAUUCUUCAUCGGUAACAAUGCCUCACUCUAUUAGGAAUGAUCCGCGACUUUUCAAAGACGAUGUGGACAUCCGUUUUAGUCGAACCCUAAACUCGUGUAAAUUACCGCAAAUUCGUUACGCGAGUCCCGAACGACUGUUUGAACGCUUAACAGACUUACGCUUCUUAAGCAUAGAUUUUCUCAACACUUUUCUAUUGACAUAUCGUGUCUUUACUGAUGGCGUCACUGUAUUAGAAGCACUGAAAAAAGUUCACUACAAUCCAGAAUCACAAUUAAAUACAUUGGCAUCACUUCAUGACUCAACUGGUUCUUUGGAUGACAUCCAGACCACCACUAAAGCCGAAGGACAAUCUCAGUUAGUGACCGGAUCUGACUUACUUUGCACCGUUGACUACGACUACUCGCGAAGAAUUAGCACCGGAUCUAUGAUUACUGAUAUCAAUGAUCUUCACCGCGAAUCAGUUGUGUCUAAUUCCGAGUCCACUGCGAGCCAACAAUUGAAUCAAAUACAGACUCAGACUAUGCUUAACCAAUCUGUGAGGAAUAGCCAACAUUGGAGACUCAGUUACAGAAAAUUUGAAGAAGAACAGGCAAGAGAUAGAUAUCUUAGAAGAUUAGGUGAUAGAAGUCAUCUUCAGGGAAGCAUUUGUAGUACAAUUGAUUAUCCUUCUGGUCCUCUAUUAUCGCCGGGAAUUAUUGAUCCAAUUCAAGUGCCAGUACCACCCCCUCCAUCUCCAGAGGUGCCCUACAUUUGCGACAACAGUGCACUUCAACAUCGAACUCCUCUUAAAAAUACAAGUAGUGAUUCUUCAGACACUGAUAACGAACAAACUCCUCGAACGGGUAUCCAAUCUGAGAGUCUUGAGGUUCCGGUGCACUCACAGUCAUGCGAUACACUGACUGCAGACCAAAGUUAUCCAAAUUCACCGCUUAGUUCUGCAACAAGUUCUGCAACAUUAGUGGGAAGUGAUAGUAAAAGUGGUUCACCAAAGCCAAGUCCCAUUAAAAAGACAGCACCUGUUCGGUUACCACCGAUAGAUAAUUUAAAUCUAACCAAUCAUAAUGAAGAGACAUCUCCAUCAACACCACCACAAACACCAAAGCAAACCGCUCCCCAAACGCCACCAAUUUCUAGCGUCGGCACCAGUUUUGUAAUGCCAUCAAAAGCUCAAACACAAUCCACAAAACCAAUGUCAGCACCGACAGGACGGCUCAGUACAAUCAGUACUACAAGUUCUACAGCUAUGAACUAUUUAAGAGUGAGAGGUGCUGGCAGUAAACGUGGCAGUAGUAGUGAAACUGAAAGUAUGGCCAGUCAGUCAACUACACCAAGAAGUUCAUUUCAAACCGACACCACUAUAUUAAGUACACCUCGCAGUUCAUUCCAACAUCCGGACUCACCACAGAUGACCAGUAAAGCUGGUGUUGUUGUCACCUCUUCCAGAGCAUCCAGCAGAAGAUCCAGCACUGCAUCUGCAGCUUCAGCAUUUGCUGUGGCGACGGCUGCGUCGAGCAAUCCUCCGGAACCAAUGGAUCACACGAAACAAUCAUUACCACAGUCUCGGGCCAACAGUCGUCUUCCAAGUGCUGUCGGCACUGACCUUAAGAUACCAAACUCUAAUCGAGUGAAGAGAGAAUCAAUGAUUAGUACAGCGGCGACAAUGAGAGUAUUGAAUGUAUUGAGACAUUGGGUUAGCAAACAUUCCCAGGACUUCGAGAACGACCCAAAACUCUUACAAAUAACAACUGAAUUUCUUGAAGAGUUAGUCCACAACACAAGCCUAUUGCCGGCUGAACACAAAGCAGCCGUACAGCUGUUACAAAUGAUCUCAAAACAUACGCUUGAGAUUAAAGAUAAGAUUGAUUUGGAUGUCUUACUGUCCCCACCACUCGCUGCUUCCAAAGACAACAUCGAGACUCUAUCGGCUCUUGAGAUCGCAGAAGUGAUGACUUAUUUGGAUCAUAAGAUAUUUGUUAGGAUUCAAAGCGAAGAAUUCUUAGGUCAGGCGUGGAUGAAGGAAAAUAAGACGACUAAAGCAUUCCAUAUUUUACUGAUGACCCGACACUUCAAUGACAUCAGUCGGUUAGUGGCCUCUGAAAUCAUGAGAGUUCCGGAAAUUCCUAAAAGAGUUGCCAUUAUUGAGAAGUGGGCCGCAGUUGCAGAUAUCUGUCGGUGUCUGCAUAACUUCAAUGGUGUCCUUCAAAUAUGUGCCGCAUUUACCAAUUCAUCGGUAUUCAGAUUGAAGAGAACGUGGGAAAAGGUGUGCAAAACGACAAAGCAAACAAUAGACAAAUUGCAAACAUUGGUCUCAACUGAUGGUCGCUUCCGGAAUAUGAGAGAAGCUUUACACAGAUGUGAUCCGCCGUGUAUUCCAUACUUAGGCAUGUAUUUGACUGAUCUGUCAUUCAUUGAAGAGGGAACUCCUAAUUUCACUGAAGAAGGACUUCUCAAUUUCUCCAAAAUGCGAAUGAUUGCUCACGUAAUUAGAGAAAUCAGACAUUUUCAACAAACGCCGUAUAAGAUCGAACACAACCCAAAAGUGACAAAUUAUUUGUUGGACACAUCCAGACAUCUGUUUGAUGAAGAGCUAUACCAACUGUCAUUAUGUCUGGAGCCACGACUGUCUCGUUUAGGCACCAAAAUGAGCACAACUGGAGGUAGCUCUCCAUCGCAUUACUCUUCUGCCUCUUAAUACAUCAUUCAAU